GAAGUGGGGGGAGGGGGCGGCCGGAGGCUAUAUGAGGGCGGCCGGGGCUCGCCGGGCUCGGAGCUCUUCGGCAGCAAGAUGUGGAGCAAAGUGGCCCGCGCGCCCGCCGUGGCGCUGCUCUUGGCCGCCGGCGCGACGGCCGGAUUCACCUAUUCCCGCUCGGACCCGCCGGUCCUGCCCGUCGUCGAGGCGGCGGAGAAGCGGCGGAAGGUGAGGCCGGGCGGGGCGGAGCGUCUACCGCCGCAAGGCAGACUCCCGGGGAGGGGAGAGACUUGGACGGGGAGGCGGAUAAGGCGCUUCUGCGCCACCUCCGACCUUCCUUCCCCCGCAAAAGAGUCAGUUCCCGUUACUGGGGACGCGCAGGAGCGGGGAGAGGGGCGGUUGCUCUGCUCGGGUGUCCUUGCGGGAGAAAGGAGACCCUGGGCUGGGGGCCCACUGGUCUCCUCCUGCUGGGGGGGGGGGACUGGCCACCCGCUGCCUCUCGGGGGCUCCGGACGGGUCCUUUGGCAGGGAGGCCGCAGGACGUCGCGGCGGGAGCCCCCUCCAGGCACCGGGCAGGCGUCGGUCCGGGAGGGGCGCCCAGAGGCAGGGGCAGCCCUGCCGCCGCCCUUUUGGGGAGGAAGGGGGCGGGCCGGGGUGGGGCGCUGCCUCGACGCCGCCGGGCAGGGCGGGUUCUGCGGCCCCGAAGGCUGAGCCAGCAGCGCCCGGAUGCCCCCUCCGUGCGCGCGCGCCCGGGGCUGCCCCUUCUGGGACAGAGAGAGAGACGGAGAGGGGUCCUAGGCGGCGAGGCGCGCCCACUUCGCCUUCAGGCCGCAGCCACGAAAGUUUCUACCCAUCCCGCUUGGGAUUUAGCGCUAGGAGCAGUUUCAGACGCGGAGCCCUCACCCGCCCCGUCGGGGGCAGAAGUGAGGAAUCGGGGCCUGAGGGCUGAGCCCCCCAAACCAGCCUCGGGCCGCUUCAUUUCUUGGGCCAGGGCCCCUGACUGCACGUGGCCGUCUAGUCCACCACCCCGGGAGGAAGGUCUGGGGGUUCCGGGAAGUCUCCCCCCUGCUGACCCUCCUCUUUCCCUCCUUAGCCCUCCUCGCCAGCCCAGAGCUCCCUGGCCGGCACGUGGGUCAACGAGCUGGGCUCCAAGAUGGUCCUCAACCCUCCCGACGACUCCGGCCAGUUCACAGGCUCCUACCUGACGGCCGUCUCCGCAGCCCAGAAGCCCAUUCGGGUGUCUCCGCUCGUGGGCGCCCAGCACGACCCGAAGGGGGCCGAGGAGGAGUACACCUUUGGCUUCCUGGUCAACUGGUCGUUUUCAGGUAAGGACCCCUCCCCGCUUUCCAGGGUGGGCUGGGGCCGCUGAAGGUAGGACUGGUGGGGUGGGGGGCAGCUUCAGCAUCCCCAUGGCGGAUCAGGGGGUUUCCUUUAUUUCACAGGCUGAUAAUUUAGAUCCUGCCCAUGUCUGCAUCACUCAGGCAUCUUGUUAUGUUUUAAUUAUUACACUGCAUAAAUUAUUACACUGCAUAAAAGUCCUCAAUGUUGUACUUGGCCCAGAGAUCUUUGGAUAAAGGGCUGUGUAUAAACUUGAAUAAAUGAUUACAACAAUAAUGAUUUCUGGGACAGAGGAAGCUGACUUUAUUGUGCUGAAGCCACUGAAAUCCUGCUUAUACGCCAAUAAAGGUUUGAGAAGUAGAACUGGAGUCAGAGCGCUGGUCCAUCUAGCUCAGUAUUGUCCACACUGACUGGCAGCAACGCCUCUCCAGGGUUCUAGAGUCUGCCCCAUCCCUCCCUGGAGAUGCCGCUGGGGGUUGAGUCUGGGACCUUCUACAUGCCAAGCAGGUGGCCUCUCCUGAGCCACAGUCCAUUGUUGGGGGAAAGGUGGACUGCAAAUCCAGAGGGCAACAGUGUGAGGACUUUCGCUUUGGCACUUUUGUCCUUGUUGUUCUGAUUUAUUACCUGCCCUUCUCCCUUAAGAUCCCACGGUGGCUCACAACAAUCUAAGCUAACAUAUUUUUUAAAGUCUCAAACUUGUUAAUUGAUAGGUCAAUGUUUGGGUCUGAUUGUUCCAGAGGAGCUGCUGAGCUCACCUCUGUUGGAUGGGAUUCUUGUAGGACUUGGAGUUGCCAGCCUUCGCUGCAGCCAGGCAGGGAGCCCCAAGGGGCCGGGGGGGGAGCUUGACCUCCCCAAGGCAAUUCUGCCUGGCCUCCCUGUUCCCUGGCCAUAACUCCGCUCCCACCCCCCUCUGUCCUCCCCAGACUCCAUCGCUGCAUUUGCGGGGCAGCGCUUUGUGGAUGCCGAAGGGAAGGAGACCCUGGAGACAACUUGGCUGCUGCGGCAGAAGGUGGAAUCCCAUGGCGAUGACUGGGAGGCCACUCGGUAAGCGGAAAGGAGCAGCUCUCGACGGGGGCCUUCUCUGGGGUUCUCCCACCUGCCCCCAGCCCGCGCCAUCAUACGCCUGGUGCUGCUUUCAGGUGCAUUUCCACAACACACUCAGCUGGAGCUGCACCUGACCCACUCUUCCCCCCCCCCUCCAGGGGAUACAAUUUCCCUCUUGCCAAGCAAGGACAGUAAGAACCAGCGUAGGUGCAAAACCUCUGCUUGGAGGCUCUGUGGUGCUUGCAGGAGGGUGAUGCUGCCACACUGCUCCCUUGGGGGACAUCAUCUUAUGUCUGGGGGCAGCCAGGGGAAGCCCCCACCCGGCCACCAUGGGAGGACUUUGGAAAAUGCCCCUGGGGCAGGUGACAACCACAAGGACCAAGGGGGGUUCGUGGGGGCCAUGCACGACAUCAGCCCCACUCAGAGCCGGGCAAGCACAAGGAGCAGCCUCAGCCUCACUCUGUCUCUUUGCAGGGUUGGCAGGAACGUCUUCACACGAGCAGCAUAACGGGAUCCGAGAGACUCGCUUGCUGCCGCGGCUGCUCUCCCAUCUACCACCUGCAGGAAGAGGGCUUCCCUUUCCCUUCUUGAUUAAACAUUUAUAGAGAUUAUUUCUUCUACAAAAAGACACCAUGGCUGCGACAGGCCCCCGCCCUCCCUCCCCAGCAAGGGAAGAGCAAGCUCUGGAGGCUCUGACCUGAACGGACGAACUCAAGUGACAAGGAAGGAGAUUCCAACUAAACAUCGGUUAGAGGGAAGUCAAAAAACACAUCAAAACCAGUUUAGAGAAUCAGAUUAAAUAGAGAUGAAAAGUACAAAUAUGAAGGUAAUGUCUUUCUAGAAACUGUAUGUAUAGAAUAUUUAAAUUGUGGUUUGUACUCCUUAAAUGAUUGUAUUGAACAGUUUUUUAUUUUUCUUUCUUUUCUUCUUUUUUGUUUUUCUUUUAAUCGCUAUGCAUAUUUUAAUCUGCAUUUUGAUUUAGAUUUUGGACUGUUGUUGCCGAUUGUCUUUUUUAUUUGCAAAAUUAAUAAAGCAUUAAAACAAAAAAUAAA